AUGAUCGGGACUUUUUUCCCACUGAAGAAACUGCGGCGCAACGGGAGAUAUCUUCUUUUCGGGGCGAUCCUGUUGGUCGGAGCGGCUGCAGUCUAUCACGAGAUGGUUGCUGCAAAAGCGUGGAGCGAUGGGACCAGUAUGAAUCCGGACGGCAGCAGCUGGGGGAGAGCCAUGUCUGACGAAAGGGUCAGAAGGGACCAUCAAGACUCUCUGGAGGAUUCGGCUGUUUGGAGCUCCAGCUAUAUUCCACAAGCCUGGAAACCAGAGUAUAAGGGACAGGCUAAUCUGCAUGUCUUUGAGGACUGGUGUGGCAGCUCUACAGUUGGUCUCCGCAAGAACUUGCACUACCCACUCUACCCCCAUUCCAGGACUACAGUGCAGAAGCUGGCUGUGUCUCCUCAGUGGACCAACUAUGGGCUCAGGAUUUUUGGUUAUCUACAUCCUUACUCUGACGGAGAGUUUGUGUUUGCCUUGAGCUCUGAUGACAACUCUGAGUUCUGGCUCAGCACAGAUGACUCUCCCCUCAACCUGCAGUUGAUGGCCUGGGUCGGAAAGACAGGCACGGAAUGGACAGCCCCAGGUGAAUUUGAGAAGUAUGCCAGUCAGACUUCUAGACCGGUCAGGCUUUCUGCACAGAGGAGGUACUUUUUUGAGGUUAUCCAUAAGCAAAAUGACAGAGGGACUGACCAUGUCGAGGUGGCGUGGCAGCUCCUGGACCAAGGCUUUAGGUUCAUGAUUAUUGAAUCUAAGUACAUCUCCCUCUAUGUUAAUGAGUCUGCCUUUUUAAUGAGUGAUGUUGCCCACAUACCACAGACAACCGCCAGCCACCAACACAACCCUUCAAAACAGCACAACGCCGCAGCUGACAUGCUGAGGGAAGACCCACGAGACACUCUGUACCAACUGCCUUUGAUAAACAGCAAGUUCCUACUUGGUGUUCUACCAGACUGCUCGUACAAACCCAGCUAUACAAUCAAAGACUUUCCUCUGCUUCGCUACCAAGGACUUCAGUUUGUCCACAUGUCUUACAUCUACCCCAAUGACUACACCCGACUCACACACAUGGAGACAGAGAACAGCUGCUUCUACCCUGAGAGCCCUUACUACAUGAAAAUGUUCGGUUUCUCCAGAUACAUGAGACUAGACCAUUCUAAUGCGCAGGAAAAAGGAAACGCAGCCAGAGAUUUUGGUUUCCAGAGGCUGAAGUCAGUCCUAGAUGAGGAAUACGAGUUUGAAAAUGAAGCCUAUCCAAAAGAAAACAGAGCCAAGCUGGACCAGCAGUUAGAUAAUGCCCUUUUUCCAGAUUACGGGGAUGAUUAUGAUGAUUAUGUUCUAAAACGCAAGCGCAAACUCUUCUCCUUAGUCGUGCAAGAAACUAACAACUCCCUGAAAAACUCUUCUGACACAAAUGUGCACAUAGAUAAGAAGCUGAGGAGGCAUGGGAAAGAUAACAUCACACAGCCUCAACCACAGAAACCGACUGAGCCAGUGCCGACACAAGCCUUAAAACAUUACCUGAGUCUGAAACAGAACAGAUCAGAGUUGAAAUUUGAGGGCCCAGUUAAAAAAGUACAGCAGAAAAAAACAAAGGGAAAACUAAAACAAGCAAAGAGGCAAAAGCUGAAAUCUGUAGAGACAGUUGAGAGACCUGGACAGACUAAUCCACCGAUACCAGCAGACAGAGAGCUACCCAAAGCAAAAGAACGACCUGUCAUCCCAUCAGAGCAGCUCAGUAAUAAACAGCGUCACAUCCAGAAACUUCGUAAAAUGAACCAUACCCAAAUCCAGAGAAUCAAAGACUCACAGCUUCAACCCAUAGAGAGGGAUGCUCCACUGCCUACACCCACAGUGGCCAAGCAGCGGAGAUAUAUAAACAGAGAAAUGGAGCUCCAGCAAGCUGCCAGCAGACGUUUUACCACUCCCAACGGAGACGCCAACCGCCCUUUAGUUAGCCUGAUGCAGAGGAACACAGAUACUAGAAAAAGCCUGAGAAAAAAAGAGAUAGAGAUGAAUAUGCCUCUACAGGAGGAUAUAGAAAAUAACAUACACAGAGCUAAGAUGGUCACUAGAGACAAGAUGGUCAAAAAGAGGGUAAAUUCAAAUGACAAGGAGGACCACGUGGGGGAGGAAGACGAGGUUUACAAUAGGGCGGAGAGCAGGAGAGACACCAGAGAGGGUGAGAGAGACUCUCUAUGGGGACCAGGAGGAGACUUUGAAGGUGCUGAUGAUGAAGAUCUUACCCCUGCACCAGUGUUUGACCCUGAGGUGAACUGGAGCCAGACCUUCCAGGUUAACCACCUGGACCUCCAGGCGCAGCGCUCAGAUUGGAUCGACCUGCGCUGCAACGUCUCUGGAAACCUACUGCUCCAGUCCAGUGAUGCGCUGUCGGUGGUCAAUGCUUUCAUGGACAAACUCAACAAAAAGCACCAUGGGCGGUUCACGUUGGUGCGUGUGGUUAACGUGGAGAAGCGUGUGGACGGGAUUCAGGGUAGCCGCUACUUUCUAGAGUUGGAACUGAAAGAUUUGAACGGCCAGUUGCUGCGUGUGUCACACUACAUCUACGCUCUGAUUCACCACAGCAGGCAACGCAGCAAAGACUUUGGUUUCCAGCCAAAACCUCAACAAGUGCUGUGUAACCCGGUGGGCUUCCGCUGGAAUCCUAUUGCCACCGUCCACUUCAUAGUGCCCGUUAAAAACCAGGCUCGGUGGGUGCAGCAGCUGAUUACUGAUAUGGAGGAAAUAUUCAGAUCAACCAGAGACGCUAACUUUAAUCUCAUCAUCACAGACUAUAACAGCACUGACAUGGAUGUGAGGAAGGCUUUACAGAAAUCCUCUCUCCCCAGGUACCAGUAUGUGAAGUUAAGUGGUAAUUUCGAGCGCUCUGCUGGUCUGCAAGCAGGUAUCAGCCUUAUAAAUGAUAACCACAGCAUUGUGUUUCUUUGUGACCUCCACAUCCACUUCCCUCCUUCUAUCAUCGAAACUAUCAGGAAGCACUGUGUGGAAGGAUACAUGGCUUUUGCUCCAAUAGUUAUGAGACUACACUGUGGGUCCACACCAUUGGAGCCCAGAGGUUACUGGGAAGUGAAUGGGUUUGGACUGCUGGGGAUCUAUAAGUCAGAUCUGGACGCAGUAGGAGGAAUGAACACAAAAGAAUUCACAGACCGCUGGGGAGGAGAAGACUGGGAGCUCCUCGACAGGAUCCUCCAGGGUGGACUGGAAGUGGAGAGGAUCUACUUAAGGAACUUUUUCCACCACUAUCACUCCAAACGCGGGAUGUGGAACCGCCGCGUAUCACCCAGCCCCAGGUGACCGCGUUUCACCUGCUGCUGCACCGGU